GGUACAUUUAAACGCGACUGUGUGGAGGAGAGAGACAGACGAGCGAGGAGAAAGAAACACACACGCACACACACUUUCAGGCACAACAACAACAACAACACCUGAUACUCGCUCAUCAGGGAUUAAAUCGGGCAUCUUCUCUUGUCAUUUUGGAGCUCCGUUGGAAAGAUUUUUGGAGAUGUCCAGCGUCCAGUUAUCGAGCAGCGCGCUGGAGAGGCUGGUGGCCAGGAGGACCUUCCCUCUCCACAGGCGCACAAGCGUCUGCCGCAACCUCUUCGGACCGGUGGAUCAUGACGAACUAAGCCGGGACAUGAAAACCAAACUGCGGGAGAUCUCCGAGCGGGACCAGCAGAGGUGGAACUUUAAUUUCGAGGCCAACACGCCGCUGAAAGGGGAUUAUGAGUGGGAAGAGGUGCCCGUGGAUAACACCCCGGUGUUUUAUCAGGACUCUGUACAGAACGACAGGACCAGGGUGCCAGCGACUCCCGUGAAGCAGACGCCCUCCGCGGACUCUGCUCUCCCGGAGACCCCUCGUUUGGAUGUACUGGAGCGCCUGGCCCUGCCCGAGAGCAGCAGCACUCCCUCCCCGGUGGAGGUCAACCAGGAGAACCGCACAGACAAACUCAACUCAGGAAAGCCGGCUCACAGACAGGUCCCGUGUGUCAGACGCAAGACGACGGCCACUACUGACAACAACUCACACAUCACAGACUUCUUCGCGAAAAGAAAGAGGGCUGCUGAUAGAAAAUCUAAUGAUAUGAACGCUUGCCAUCACUCCAAGUCUCCAAUCCCGAUGGAACAAACUCCACGAAAGAGGAUCCGUUGAAGGUGUGGUUUUUUUUGCACUAUUUGCCUGCGCAUUUUUUUUUGAGAAUCAAGGAUGUUUCUCUGGGCUACUUAAACGCCGGUAGAAGAGAAAAAGCAGGGGACGGUGUGGGAGAGAGAAGCCCGACCGGCCGGCUGCUUCGGCUCGGUGCGCCCUGGCGGAGCGCAGCCUGAACACCGGAGCAGACUCUCAGGACUGAACGGUUUGGGGGAGGGGGGGAAAGGGAGUGGAAAAGAGAGCAAAUUUCGCCGAAUGACUUCUAUCCAGUACAAAUGUAGCAUUCGUUGUUGCUUUUGCAUACAGCCACUCGACAGUGUUAAAUGUUUUAACAUCUGUGCAAUCCUAAAUUACUUUAAAAAGAAUUGUCUACACUGGCCAAAAGUGUACAGCUUUAUAGAGACAAUAGCUUAUAAAUGUUUAUUUCUGUUCUGUUUUUUCUGUAAAUGUAUAUUUUUAAGACUAUUCUAACUUAUAAUUUAUUUAUGUUUCUUUAUAUUUGUUAAAUGCCUUGUUGAUUUAGCCAAAGGGCAUGUUUUUAUUUUAUUUUUAUUAUUAUUUCCAUUUUGUGUUGUGAUGUUUUGCAAUCAUGUAGCUUUCCUAUAGUAGUACACACUUGAAAAGAUAGGUUUCUUUGUGUUUCUGAGCCGUUUUUUUGUGUUUUCGUACAAGUGCCCUAAGUAUGUCAUGCAAAAGACAAGAAUAAAAUAUUUUCACUUCGACUUUAA